AACAUGACAAUCCAAUCCAAUCCAACAUCACCUCCGCCAAUUAACAAAUCCUUCAAUAACAUCGCCAUCAAAUCAAAACAUAAUACUAAAAAACACACUACGCCUCUUCACAUUCACACGCACGUGCCCUAACACGUGCACUUCCCCAUUUUUUCUCUCCACUUAUCUCUCUCACUUUCUAUUCUCUUCUCUCCCAUUUUCCAUAUAAAAAGAAACUCAAAAUCUCAAAAUCAAAAUAUUCCAAUUUCUCCAAAAUUAACAAACAAACAAACCCUAAUAAUCCAAUAUCCAAUAAUCCCUUUUCUCUUCAAUUCAAUUUCUCUAUUUCUCAAUGGGAGCAGUAACUUCUUCUAUGGCAGCGAAGUUCGCGUUCUUUCCACCAAAUCCAUCUUCCUAUGGAAUCGGAGUUGACGAAUCAACUGGUAAAAACAAGAUCACUGGUGUUGAGACACGAGAAAACGUCGACGUUUUGAAGCUUUGUACUAGAAGAGGAAACAAUAUCGUUGCUUUAUAUAUAAAGAAUACUUUAGCUUCGUUAACACUUCUGUAUUCUCAUGGAAACGCUGCUGAUCUGGGUCAGAUGUACGAGUUGUUCAGUGAACUCAGUAUUCAUCUCCGAGUUAAUCUCUUAUGUUAUGACUAUUCUGGGUAUGGGCAGUCUUCUGGGAAGCCUAGUGAACAGAACACUUAUGCAGAUAUAGAAGCUGCUUAUAGAUGUUUGAUUGAAAUGUAUGGGGCCAGAGAAGAAGAUAUUAUUCUCUAUGGACAAUCUGUUGGUAGCGGUCCUACGACAGAUUUGGCCGCUCGUCUACCAAACCUUAGAGCUGUCAUUCUCCACAGUCCCAUCCUAUCUGGCCUUCGAGUCAUGUAUCCUGUGAAGCGGACAUACUGGUUCGACAUUUAUAAGAACAUCGAUAAAAUUCCCUUUGUCGAUUGUCCAGUUCUGGUAAUUCAUGGAACGGCUGAUGAUGUAGUAGAUUGCUCCCACGGGAAGCAACUUUGGGAAAAUUGUAAAGAAAAGUAUGAACCGUUAUGGGUUAAAGGAGGAAAUCAUUGUGACCUUGAGCUUUACCCUCAAUAUAUAAAGCACCUAAAGAAAUUUAUUGCAGCUAUUGAGAAGUCCUCGCGUCAACGGACUGAUCCUGGACCUACUUCCGAUCAACUGGACAUACCUCGGAACAGCAUAGAUUUUAGAGAGAAAUCUAGACCCAGCAUGGAUCAAAGGGAGAAUUCUAGACGAAGUGUUGAAUUUAAGGAUAAGGCUAGAAUAAGCACAGACCGAAGAGAAAAAUCAAGAUCUGGGAGAGAUAAAUCAAGAAAGAGUGUAGAUCGCACUGAGAGAUUAUAUAACGGAGCAGACAUUCCUGAGAAACCUAGAAAUAGCAUUGACCGUCUUGGGGGGAUGGUGAGAUCGGUUGGAUUAUGCAAUAUUGAUUGUUUCAGACCCUCGGCGACGCAUGAUAAAGAUGAUGCAAUUACAUGCUGAGGUUGUUUUCUUCUAAUUGAUUAUUUGAUUGGUUUAUGGGAUGUAUCGUUUAUAGGAAUCUGUUCCACUGUCUGAUUUAUUUUCUUAAUAUAUAGAUAGGAAUCAUGUGCUGCUAAAGUUUUCCAUCAAUUUCAUAAUCUAAUCUCUAUGUUUUUAGUAUGAUUCCAUAGACCGGGGUAGUGGAGUCUAUUCUUUGGAUUGGUGUUGUUUGCUAUACAAACAACACUUGUACAAAUAUGUCAACAAUCAUGAAGUAGUAGAUUUACUUCUGCUUCCGUGCAAUGUUACUUUUAAUUUAUUUUUUUUCUGCUCGAAUA